AUGUCUACUUCUGAGGCAGAACUACAAGAGAGUGUACCCACCAAUCUUCCCGAAGCCCCUGAUGGAGGAAUACGAGCAUGGCUCGUCAUAGCCGGGGCACUCUGCGUUUUCUUUUCGGCUAUAGGUUUCUCCAAUGCAUUUGGAGUCUUUGAGGAGUACUAUUUGUCACAUCAGCUCAUUGAACAAUCACCAGAGAAAGUGCUUCGACCAGCUGCGGUUCUAUUCGUAUUCUCCAUUAUGAUGACGAGCUUAUGCCAGGAGUAUUGGCAGUUUAUGCUUGCCCAAGGCGUCUUUAUGGGCACUGUUACUGGUUUCCUGCAAUUCCCAGCCAUGGCAGCAUUGUCUCAGUUCUUCAAUAAAAGGCGAGCAGUUGCCAUGGGAAUCGCAGUCGCUGGUUCGUCUCUUGGCGGAAUCGCUUUCCCUAUGGCCCUGUCCAAGAUGCUCUACGGCACUUCUCUCGACUUUGGCUGGUCGGUGCGGAUUAUUGGAUUCGCUACCAUUCCUCCCCUCGGGUUUGCAUGUUUCGCUAUCACAUCUCGCCUACCGCCAAGGGCGGCUGCCUUCUUCAUCUGGGGGGCCUUUAAGGAACCAAAGUUCAUUCUUUUGACAGUUGCACUAUUUUUUAUGUUUCUCGGGGCAUUCGUGCCCCUGUUCUACAUACCGACGUACGCGGUCUCUAGAGGCAUGAGUAAAACCACCGCUUCCUAUCUUCUCGCCUUCGCAAAUGCGGCUUCUGUAGUUGGUCGUGUCAUCCUGGGCAUGCUAGCCGACAGAUUCGGGCGACUGAACAUGUUCGCGGCCGGGGGAUUUAUUACCAGCCUUGUUAUAUUCUUUUGGAACAUGGCUGAAUCGACCCCAGCACUAAUAGCAUGCUCUGUUGGUAUCGGGUUUACCACCGGAACCGUCAUUUCGGGUGGCUCAGCAGCUUUCACGGAAGUCCCCAAGGAUCCCCGAGACUUGGGUACAUACAUAGGUAUGGGUAUGGGCCUCAGCUCUAUCGCCACCCUGAUAGGUCCCCCGAUAAACGGAGUAUUCGUGAGCAAAUAG